CUCUCUCUCUCUCUCUCUCUCUCUUUUUUUUUUUUAUCUUUUUUCUUUUCAGUCCUGUUUUAAUGGCAGAUAAACCUAAAAGAUCAACUUCUUAUCAAAGAUUGGUCGCAAAACUAAAAAGGAAUCCUUCUGAACGUAUCGAUCCAAAAGAUUGGCCAAAGCCAGAUACGCCUAAAGAGGUGAUACAACAUGCAAUUAAAGGAGCUUCAAGGGCCUUCUUAUUAGCUUAUGGUGUAAGAGCAUCUGUCAAUUUCUGUCUUUAUCUCAUUCGCGUCUUGAGAAAAAGAGCACCAUGGGCUCAUAUAUUUGAAGCUUCAUUUGCUAAUUUGGACUCAAUUCGAUUUGGUGCCAUGUUUGGCUCAUUUGCUUUCUUAUGGAAAUCAAUUAAUAAUGGUAUGCGAGUCUAUCGUGGCAAAGAUGAUAGACUCAAUGGGCUUGUGGGUGGCGCUGUGGCCGGCCUGAGUAUCUUGUUUGAAAAGAAAGAACGUCGAGUUGAUAUUGCACAACAAUUACUCGUCAGAGCUUUACAAGCCAUCUAUAAUGCCGGCAAAGCAAGAGAUAUAUUCUAUUUUGAAAAUGGCGAUGCGUUACUAUUUGCCGUUACUUGUGCACAAGUCUUGUACGCAUACACAAUGAGACCCGAAACGUUGCCUCCUGAUUUUUAUGCAUUUAUGGUUAAAACGGCUAGAUGCCCGAAAGGUGCGUUAUUGUUGAAUGAGAAAAACGUAAGAGGCAUUCCUAUCGCUACAACUGAAGCAUUGGACAUGAUUCGCAAAUUGCGUCCUACAAAACACGCUGUAGAAGUCGUGAGUCAAUUGCCUGCUAAUUUACCUGCUAUUCCUUGUGAAAUGCUGCAUCCUUGGAUUAAUGGGUGUCAAAUGACUGCGGUGGAAAGAUUUGCCAAAGUAUUCAAAAGUCUUUUGCCAGUUUAUGGUACACUUCAUUUCGUGCCUAUGUUCUUGCUUCGUACACAGCAUUUUAAAAGAGAUCCUAUGUCGAUGCUUUCGAAAACUACCUUGGCUACUUUGAAAUCAGGCGCAUUCUUGGCUUCAUUCGUUACAUUGUAUCAAUACCAAAUCUGUAUGCAUCGCCAGUUGCUUAAGACAGGCUUGAUUGGCUCUUGGAACUCAAAAUACAUUUAUUAUUUAGCAGGCUUUUUCUGUGCUUAUCCUUCUAUCUUCCUGGAAGAUAAAAAGAGACGCAGCGAAUUAGCCUUGUAUGUCUUGCCUAAAGCCAUUCAAAGCUUUUACCAUAUUGCUUAUUCUCAUCAUUGGAUCUUCAAGAUCAAACACUUUGAAGUUAUGAUGACAAGCUUUGCUAUGGGUAUCAUCAUGUCCUUUUAUCAAGAAGAAGCAGAUGUGUUAUCUGCUUUUGUUCGUAAAAUCAUGUAUCAGUUCUUUCAAAAGAAUUAGACUAUACCCUUCAAUAAAAACAUUCUUUUUUAUUAU